GAAUUGAAUUGAAAUUCAACUCGAAUUGAGUUAAUUAUGACAAAAGUCGAUGUAAUGUAAGAUUGCAUGCAAUGAGACGGCAUCUGACGGCCAGUCAUUCAGGCAUUCAAAGCAUUCACUAAAACAUUGGUUUCAUUUGUUUUCAUUUUACAUCUCAUUCAUCGCAUUCCUCAUUGACAAAUGGUUAGAGUAUUCGAGACCGAAGAAGACGGCAAAUCGGACGGGAAGUCCUGUUCGGUGAUCCGCGAAGAUCUCAAACAUUGCAUCUUAAGCACCGAUUGUGUCAGAAUUAAUCGUAAGACUCCGCGCGAAUGUCUUCGAGAAAGAGAUCCGUCGGUUCCCGAAGAAUGCUUUCAAUUGACUCAUCUGUUGUUUGAAUGCAAACGAAGUUUGGUAUGAGUUUUGCUAUUCAUUUGA